AGUAGAGUAAGAAUCCAAAUAAGAGAUUUGGGGUUUGUGUGUUGUUGAGAUACUUGGAGAAAAGGCAGAGGUCCGAUUCCGAAAACGGCGACCGUCCUCUUUGAGAACUCUUAUUAAUAUCCAAAUCUAAACGGUUUUCAUAGUUUUAGGGAAUAAUUUCAUAAUUUAAAGCAAAUUGAGAGUUGUAUUUGCUACAACGUGGAUGCAAAAUGGAUCGGACGGUUCGGAUCGAUACAGAAAUCGCUUUUACAUUUCCAACCCUGGAAGGAUGGAGUUUCGCAGAGGAGCACAUGUCUUCUGCUUCCCGCGUGUUUCGAAAUCUUCGCCGGCGCCGGCGGCUCCUCGUCUCCCAGGCGGCCACUUCCCUCCGCCUCCAUGGAACCUCGGAAAACCACCCUGACGAUUCCACGCGGCUUCCGGCCCACCACAGCGACACCGCCGGGGAGGCGAUCGACGGAACGCCAACGCCGUGCCACCGCGACGCCUCCUCCUCCUCCUCCUACGCCGCCAUGGUCGCCGCCCACCUAGGGCGAGACCUCCCGCGCGCCGAGGCGCUCUACCGCGCGGCGCCGGAGGCGGCGCGCGGCCCGGCUCUGGACGCCGUCAUGCUGGCCGGGUACGCCAAGGCCGGCCGCGUCCACCGCGCGCGCAGGCUGUUCGACGGGAUGCUCACGAGGGGCGUGGUGGCGUGGACCUGCAUGGUCGACGCGUACUGCCGCGCCGGGCGCGUCAGCGAGGCGCGCGAGCUUUUCGACGCGAUGCCGGAGCGGAGCGUCGUCUCGUGGACGGCGAUGAUGCACGGGUACGCGCGUGCCGGGAUGCCGAGGGAGGCGAGGGAGAUGUUUGACAGGAUGCCUGAGAGGAACGUGGUUUCCUGGACGGUGAUGGUCAAGGCCUACGCGGACGGCGGUUACUUCCAGGACGCCAUGGGGCUGUUCGACAGGAUGCCCCAGAGGAACUCGUAUUCCUGGAACGCCGUGAUCUCUGGUUCCUUCCGUGCCGGGAGAGUGGAUGAAGCGGUUCGGUUGUUUGAGAGGAUGCCGCAUAGGAACGUGGUUUCUUGGACCGCGAUGGUCACCGGCUUGGCACAGAACGGCCGUGUUUCGAUGGCGAGAGAGUUCUUUGACGUAAUGCCAUGCAAGGAUAUCACAGCGUGGAAUGCAAUGAUUACUGCUUAUGCCAAUAAUGGCGAGAUGAACGAGGCUCGCAGACUGUUCGAUUCGAUGCCUGCAAAGGACCUGGUGAGCUGGAAUACAGUAAUCGAUGGGUACGCCAAGAAGGAGCUUAAGGACGAAGCUUCAGGCUUAUUUCUUGACAUGCUCCGGUCAGCAGCAUCUCCUAACAGCACUACAUUGAUCAGUGUCUUAGUUAUAUCUGAGAGCAUGGUCGAAGUGGUGCAAAUCCAUGGCUUGGCUACCACACUAGGUCUCCUGUCAGAAACCUCCUUGGGAAAUGCUCUGCUCACCAUGUAUUCAAGAAUCGGCGACCUGCCCUCUGCGUGGCUUGCUUUCAAGAGAUUGGAGGAGAAGGAUGCCAUCACAUGGACAUCAAUGAUUCAAGCUUUCGCGAACCAUGGCCAUGCCUCCUACGCGCUGCAGGCCUUUGCACAGAUGCUGGAGCAUGGAAAGAACCCCAGCUCAACUACCUUCACUGCUGUGCUGUCAGCUUGCAGCCACGCCGGUUUGGUCGAGGAAGGCAAAAGCGUCUUCAGAUCAAUUCGCCAUGUCUAUGGGCUCGAGCGGACCAUUGAGCACUACACCUGCCUCAUCGACAUCCUUGGCCGGGCAGGGAACAUGAGGGAGGCCAUGGAUGUCGUUAACGCUAUGCCACCGGAUAUUUGCGACGAUGCCAUCCUGAGGACGCUGCUGGGGGCCUGCAUGAUGCACAAGGAGGUGGAUGCAGCUAGGGAAGUGGGGGAAGUUCUUGCAAAGUCUGACCCCUCUGGUUCAGGAGGCUACUACAUGGUUCUGGCCAAUGUUCUCGCGUCAGGUGGGUUAUGGGAUGAGAUGGCAGAUGUGUGGAAGGCCAUGAAGGGGAGCAACGUGAGGAAAACGCCUGGGGUUAGCCAGAUCACGGUGGAUGCAAGGAACCAUGCAUUCUUCUCCAGGGAUCAGAUCCAUCCGCAGUGUGCUGAGAUUUAUGAGAUGCUAGAUCACACGCUUGUCCCUGAGAUGAAAAAGAUCGUUGAAACAGUGUGUCAAACUUGCAACUGACACCUGUUUGUUGCAAAAUGGAUGUCAAUGUGCAACCUAAAUAUUCUCAGUGCAGGAUUAUUGUCUAUUGUCUUA